UCACUUCUACACGUUCCAUUCCCAUUCUCUCCAUCCUUCCCUAGAGCAUCAACUCAUAAUACCUCUCCUUCCAACCCCACCUCCUCCACCACCCCCCACCCAACAAAAAAAAAGAGAGGUAGAGAUGAGUUCGGGUUCGACAUGGACGCCGAAGCAAAACAAGCUGUUUGAGAACGCGCUGGCGAUAUACGACAGGGAUGCCCCCGACCGCUGGCAGAAUCUGGCAAGAGCAGUCGGCGGAAACAAGAGCGUGGAGGACGUGAAGAGGCACUACGAGAUGCUCGUUGAAGAUGUGAACCAGAUCGAGGCUGGGCAGGUCCCCUUGCCGAAUUACCGAAAACUCGCAGGACCAAACAGCAAGGGGUGCAGUUCCUUCAUGGACGAAGAGCAAAGGUUGAAGAGCCUAAGGAUCCAGUGAAGUAUUAGGGAACAGCCGGCUGAUAUCUUGGCGAAGUUCAGAUGAUGGUCGAGCGAAGAAAAUAAAUGCAGAAAAAUGUUUCUUUUCCCUUUUUUAUUAUCAUCUGUGUAGUUCCUAUUUAUUAAAAGAAAAGACCAUGUAUUUCUUUGAGAGUCAUGUUGCAACUUAUAAUAAAAAUUGUCGUUACUUACGUCCA